CGGCAAGUGCGGGCUGAAAAUGGAGGGAUAGAUCCUCCACAUUCAGCCCACAAUGAUGUUUACGGUCGGAAAACUGAUCUUGAAAUUUUGCACGCAAGUAUAAAGUUGCCCAACAUGAAAGAGAUGGUAGGUGGCUGCUGUGUUUGCUCGGAUGAGAGAGGCUGGGCCGAAAAUCCCCUCGUGUAUUGCGAUGGCCAUGGUUGCAAUGUGGCCGUUCACCAAGCUUGUUAUGGUAUUGUACAAGUCCCCACUGGGCCUUGGUAUUGUCGGAAAUGCGAAAGUCAGGAGAGACAGGCACGAGUGAGAUGUGAGUUGUGUCCUCAAAAAGAUGGUGCUUUAAAGCGAACAGAUACUCAAGGUUGGUGUCAUGUAGUGUGUGCGUUGUUUAUCCCGGAGGCAUGGUUUGCGAAUGUACAGACAAUGGAACCAAUAGUAUUGAAGAAUGUUCCCCCAGAGAGAUUCAAUAAGACUUGUUAUAUAUGCGAGGAACAGGGUCGAGAGACUAAGUCUACCACCGGAUCCUGUAUGACUUGUAACAAAAAUGGAUGCAAGCAGAACUUUCAUGUUACAUGUGCUCAGGCACAAGGUCUGCUGUGCGAGGAAGCUGGUAACUAUGGCGACAAUGUCAAGUAUUGUGGCUACUGUUCUUACCACUACAAGAAACUGAAAAAGGAUGCUAACAUCAAAACCAUUCCUGCAUUCAAACCGAUCCCGUCCGAGAAUGCUACCCCUGACACAACACCGGAGAAGAUCGCUCCUGUGAAGCCGGACAAGGAAAAGGCUAGAAAGAUCUUCACAAUCUUUUGUGAGCAGAGCAAGGAACGAAACAAGACAUCGUUGGACCAUGCAGCAAUUCAGAGUCAAGCUUCGGGUAGUAGUGAAGUGGUUAAACAGAGACCUCAGGCAACGCCUCCAUCUCAUAAUAAUAGUGCUAUGUCAGAUUCAUCGUCGAUGAUGUCUCCGGAAUUUGCUGGAUUCACGGAGGCGGAUCUGAAAAAUCAUCCUGCGAACUCUCAGAUUGUGGAGUCGAUUAGUAAACCGGAGAUGGCAGGGUCUUCAUUGAGUAAUUCUUCAUGUAGUCCACCAGGACACGACCAAAAACUGAUCAUGGACGCACGGUUUACAGUGACGGAUUCCAACUGUUUGUUUUCCACGGCCUCGUCACCCUUUACUAAUGCCAGCCCGGCCAGUAGUUCUGGGACUGGGGAGGUGACAAGCCCACAAAACCAAGGGUCAUUCUCAAAUUCAUUCGAAAAGUUUCUGAGUGGAAGUGCUCCAAAUACUGCUGAGGAAGACAGUGGUGGGAAAGGAAGUGAUGGUGAACAGCCCUCUGGGAAACGGUCACGGUCAAGAUCUCAGGAGAAGGAAAAGAAGAAGGUUCGGCGAGGGAAGAUAUCCAGUUGUGUGGGUGGCAAGGGGAAGAUGAACAAGGACACGCUGCAGACGGGGAAGGCAGUGCUCACCCCAGGGGCCAAGAAACUCUCUUUGCGGAAAAAGUCCAGCAGUUCCUCCAAUGGUCUCCCUCCUGGAGUCCAAGGGGGGCCCAACUGUUCCUCCAUGGCUGGGCAAGGGCAGAACAGCUUCUGUAACAGUGUGUUUGGUGGAUCACCCUACUUCCAGAGUCUCAGUGCUCCAGGCCCAGUGUCACUACCCAGGUUUGGACAGUCAGGUUUUGAUGGAAGAAGCUCAUCAGCGUGUGAGUCCAGCCGCGGAGGAGGUGAUGCAGACAAGGACCCAGUCAAUGGCUACUUGUGUCCCCCUAAAGUGUUCCCAUCACUGUCCAAGUGUGGAGAGGGCCAAGGAGGGUUCCCCACGUCCAUGGAGCAGCUGCUGGAGAGGCAGUGGGAGCAGGGAUCACAGUUCCUCAUGGAGCAGAGCCAGCACUUCGACAUAGCGUCGCUGCUAAACUGUCUACAUCAGCUAAAGACUGAGAACACCCGGCUGGAAGAGUAUGUGAAGUCUCUGACUGAGAGACGGAACCAGCUGCUCACCAUCAACGCCAGGCUCUCCCUCCCCUUCAACACCGUCAACAACAACUCCUCCAUGUCACAUUCACCCCCUGACUCACCACCAGACAUCAAGUCACAGGUGGCUCAGUCUCCGGUUGACCACUCGGCCAGCCAGAGUCCAGCUCCUCCAAUCAUCAACCCCAUCACACCAUCUAACUCUGACGACGCCCCGAGUCCCUGUGAGUGUGUGUCUCCACUUGUAGCAGGGUCCGGGGUGACAGUGAAGACCAUCCCUGACCGAUCACAGCCAGGCGUACAGGUGCCCUCUACCUCUCAGGAUCAAAAACCACAGCCUGGUUUCAGCAUUGGUCAGUCCUCAUCAUCAUCGGUUCCCAUGGCAACCAGUUUACCUUACCCUCUCCCUCUCCAGACUCAUGUAAGCGGCCAUCGAGUGAUGGACGGGAAACCCAAGGACAAAACUUGAAACAUUCUGGUGGACAGUCAUUGUUCCACAACAUCCCAUGUUAAACAGGGCCCUGAAUACAUCAGUACGUGCUAAAGACUCGACACAGCGGAAGCCAGAUUGAUCAACUCCUCCAGGAGCUUAUCCUCCUUUCGUGCAAUGAUACAGGUGCUGUGAUUGGAUGACAGAGGUAGUGAUGGACAUAUUGGACCUUCUUUUAGAAUCAGGUCUCCAAGGAUACUGGCAGGUCGUGGAUGAAACAUCUUGUAUUAUCACUGGAGUUGUCAUGCCUCGAUUCGUGUUUUGGCCAUGAGAUUCACUUGUUUAAUGAUUCAUGCAUCGUCUAAGACUGGUGAUUGGCUGAUGUAUUUCAGCUUGAUACCUUGAUAAUACAUUUUUAAUGCAAUGUUUGCCUUUUAAAGAAUAUGAAAAAAUGAAUUCCCUUUUUGAUAUUUUUUAAAACUGUCUGCUAAUGUUACUGUGACUUAGGAAAAGAAUCCUGUUCUCAAUAUACUCUGGUCUUAUUUCUGGUUAGUGUGAACUUUUAUGAACAUUGUGUACUGACCAGAAUGUGGUAGACAUGGUCCAUCAAACACCCUGGACAUAUAGCUCAAAUUCAUGUGUUCCAACCAGAGUAGUUAACUGGUCGUUAUAAAACAUGUGUUCAUCAAUGGUUAUUUCUAAAGAUUUGUUUAUAUUCAUGGGCUUGUUGUUUUUUAAUAUUUUGUCUACUAUUAGUAACAGAAAUAAAAUUUCAAUUUGC